AUGGACAAAAGUUCAAAGGGUAGUCCACCCAUCGACAGGGGCGCAGUGUUCACCGCCAAUAUUGGUUUCAGGUCUGCGUAUCGCAAGAGAUCCAACACUUUCCCGACAUUCAGCAGCGAUUCGUCCUCUUUUGAUGACCACUUCGACUCGGGAUACUUCGGCCACGACUUGGGCCACGACUGUCGCGACAAUGACUUCGACUGGAGAACUCCAUCGCCUAAAGCGUUCAUCACUGACCCUUCAGUGAAGUCGUCGGCUAUAGUGAGCGCUCGUAAACCGCAAAAAAUGUCUUCGACAGGGGAUUCGCCUAAGACUCCGAACACUCCCUCAUAUAGUCCGCCACUAAUGCCACUUUGGCCGGACACUUAUAGUCCGAUAAAUCACAACAAGUCUCCCUUUUCGCCCAACAUGUCAUCACCGAUGUUGACGUAUCCAAUGGUGCCGAUGCGGCCCCCGUACGGACUCAACUCUUGGAAUUUAUUGAGCCCUUUGUUUGGCAACACAAUGAAUACAAUGAGUCCACUCUUCGAUCAAAGCCCUCUUCACAUGAGUCAACACUUUAAUCCGCAAAACACUUCGGACCGAAUCCUGGAGUCCGCGAAACAACACCGAAAUGCGGCCGCUUUUGCCGACGCGCGACACACUUGGAGCGGAACUGUUCCCACUUCGCCGGCAAAGACUCCGGUUUAUUCGUGCAAAGUAUUCCUGGGAGGCGUCCCCUGGGAGAUGACUGAUCACGACAUUAAGCUGACGUUCUCUCGCUUUGGAAACGUCAAUAUUCUGCGUCCGGGCCAACACGUGCGGCUCUCGAGGACGAGUCAGAAUAAAGACAAAGCCGGCUAUCUUUACCUCAUCUUCGAGUCGGACAAACAGGUGAAGUCACUGUUGAGCGCCUGCAUCCAUGACUUCAGCAAUGGUGGCAAAUACUACUUCGCUCUCAACCAAACCCGCUUUCGUCCGAAAGACGUUCAGAUAAUCCCAUGGAAUGUAAACGACACCACUUUUGUGAGGAGUCCGACCGCCAGAGUUGACGCAAAUAAGACGGUUUUUGUGGGCGCUCUGCACGGAAUGCUGACCGCCGAUGGUUUGGCCGCUAUUCUCGAGGACCUGUUCGGUGGUGUGGUUUACGUUGGUAUCGAUACCGACAAAUACAAGUAUCCAAUCGGUUCGGGAAGAGUGACAUUCAGCACAACCAAGUCCUACGCCCGAGCGGUUCAGGCGGCGUUCAUCGACGUGAAAGCGGCCCGUUUUCAGAAGAAGAUCCAAAUCGACCCCUUCCUCGAGGACAGCAAUUGCACGCAUUGUCGCACAGAAAAGGGGCCCAUAUUUUGUCGCGACCUAUGCAUGACAUACCUGUGCAGAACGUGUUGGGAUGUGAUCCACGCGACCGAAGGCAUGACCGGUCACCAGCCUAUCAUGAGAAACAAAAGCAAAGACUACGUCCGCGAACUGCCGGAUCCGUUGUUUACGAAAGCGUUGUUUGAUAUGAUGGACGAUGGGUUGAGCGUGUGUUUGGCGGAUGACCCUGCUGGAAAUGCCAAACUCAUGUUCUCUAUACUCGAAUGCCUGCCAAAGAUCAAUAGGUGUACGGUUUUGUUUUUGAUGGAUCACCUGAAGAAGGUUAUGGGACGCGCCGACAGGAAUAAGAUGUCGUCGCAAGCGAUGGCCAUCUGUUUUGGACCACUCUUUACGUGCCAUUCGGAGAGUGAAAAUCUUCACAAACCGAUCGAAGUCUUCAAGUUUUUGCUAGAGAUUUGGCCUCAAAGGAGAAGUUCGACCUCAAGAAGUGUGAGCAACGACUCGAUGCUCUCGAAUAAAGCGCCGAUCGUUGGGAAACACGAGCCAUCAAUGCCUGUCAUAUCAUCGCAUUCCAUCUCAUCCACCGUUCAGACGAAUCCAAUCAUCACAACAGCCAUCACAUCCACAUCAACGGCCAGUUACAGCCAUUUGCCGCCGAUUGCCAUCCCAUCGACCACUAUAAGUAUGCUGCCGACCACCGCAGCCCUCACUCCCGGCCCGUCGCCCACCGCUCUUACAAUAUGCGAGUCGACGACCGGAGUAACCGUUACCACAACCACAGCCACUAGUGCUCUGACAGGUCGUGUCAUAGACCGCGGCUCUGACAUGAUUGACGAGUCCGUGCACCAGACCAUUGCCGGUCCGCCGCCGCCCACUGUUAAGAAAACGGUGGCAUUCGCUCAGCAAAACAACCGCUCCGUCAGUAAUAACGGCCCGCCGGGCGGUGCGGGCGGUGUCGGCACUGCCGGUGGCACCGGAGUGGCGGUCAGUGGGAGCGGAUCCGUGGGUCAAAGUAGAGCACUUCCCUUUCCACCCAAUUGCUAGCGUUAUCUAAUUGUUGUUAUUAUUAUCAUAAUUGUUGGAACCGAUGGCUCUGUUAAAGUCCAUCAAAAACUGUGUCAUGUUUUUGAUUUGUGAUAAACACGUAAAACCACUCAACAGUUUUAGGACUACUUCUGCGACCAUUUGUUUCGAUUGACUCCCAAAAAAAUAAAGACAAAACUCAACCCAAAAAUGCAAUUCAAUAAUAGAAGACAAUUGAAAUUAAUGGAAGACUUUCUCCUACUUUCACUCCUCUCUCUCUCUCUCUCUCUCUCUCUCUC